UCCCAACCCAAUGGCUGCGAUCUGGAUCUACAUUGGCUGCGCGCUGCUGCUGCUGUGCCUUUGCGCCUCAGCCCGGGCAGCUCCCUCCGUCAGUGACUUGGAGCAACUGGGCGAACUGGAGCGCACGCUCAAGGAGCUGGCCACCUCGGUGCUGGCCAUGAAUGGCGGCAUUGCUGGCAGUGGUGAGUCUGACAUUGGAAGGCCCACUUAUUGGGCUAACCAUAUUCAUUCUGGGCUCUAUUUUUCCAGCGGACGGGGAUUUUACGCCAGCGACUCCUACACAUUUGGCACCCCACAAUCCAUCCAGACACCGACCCAAAACCAAAGACAAUGUCUGCCAGCCUUUGAGGAUGAGGAUGAUCUAUGGUUCCGCUCGUGA